AUGAAGAGCAUUUGGGUUGGAAUAAAGCGUGGGACAUUGCUUGCAACUGGCUUGCGAGCAUAUGCAGCAGAUCCUGACCUUCAACGAGAAUGGAUGAUGAUUUGUCUGAAGGCAGAUGAAAGAGAUGUAUACGAGUUCUUCUCAAGGGCUGGCAAGGUCCGCGAUGUACGCCUCAUUAUGGAUUGCAAUUCAAGACGUUCUAAGGGAGUUGGGUAUAUUGAGUUUUAUGAUGCAAUGUCGGUACCUAUGGCGAUUGCACUUUCUGGUCAGCCUCUUCUUGGUCAACCAGUGAUGGUGAAGCCAUCAGAGGCUGAGAAGAAUCUGGUUCAAUCAACAUCUGUGGUUAGCGGACCAGGUGGGAUGAUAGGCCCAUAUUCUGGCGGAGCUAGAAGGCUGUAUGUUGGAAAUCUCCAUACCAAUAUAAAAGAAGACGAUCUCCGCCAGGUUUUUGGAGCAUUUGGUCCUGUAGAACUGGUUCAGUUACCUGUUGACGAAACUAACAACAGCAAAGGUUUUGGAUUUGUGCAGUUCUCACGUCUUGAAGAUGCCAGAAAUGCACUGAGUUUGAAUGGAAAAUUGGAGAUUGCAGGUCGACUAAUUAAGGUGUCAGCUGUUACAGACCAAGCUGGAAUGCAAGAUCUUGGAGCAAAUGCUGGUGAUUUUGAUGACGAUGAUGGUGGUGGCUUGGUUAAUGUUGCUUUUUCUGGUCAUCAUGACUCGGGAUAUGGCGAACAAUGCUGUAGGAAAGUUGAUCCGUUGGGGAGGACUAUGAGGGAUAUCCUAGUGAAACACUUGCUGCACAGCAAGCAGACCGCUGCACCAAAGUGA